UUUGAGUUUGGACUAAAGGUUUAUAAAUUCGAACCAAGCAAGAUACAUAUGAAAGCCCCCAUAGACAAGACCAUGAACUGGUCCUCCCUCGAGGGCCUCCUCAGCGGGGUGAACAAGUACUCAACGGCUUUCGGUCGCAUCUGGCUCGCCAUCGUUUUUAUCUUCAGGCUUAUGGUUUUCCUUGUGGCUUGCGAGAAGGUUUGGGGUGACGAGCAGAAGGACUUUGACUGCAACACUCGCCAGCCCGGUUGCCACAACGUCUGCUAUGACCACUACUUCCCCAUCGCCUACACUCGCCUCUGGGCUCUCCAGCUGAUCUUCGUCACCUGCCCGUCCCUUCUCGUGACUCUCCAUGUGGCCUACAGGGAUGACCGCGAGCGCAAACACCGGCUGAAGCACGGAGAAGACUGCACCCCUCUGUACAGUAACACGGGCAAGAAACGUGGGGGUCUCUGGUGGACCUACUUCUGCAGCCUGCUAUUCAAGAUCAUAGUGGAUUCAGUGUUUGUCUUCUUGCUCUUCUACAUCUACGAGGCCACUUUCUUCCCUCCACUGGUCAAAUGCAAUGAAGAUCCAUGUCCGAAUAUGGUGGACUGCUACAUCGCCAGGCCCACUGAGAAGAAGAUAUUCACUGUCUUCAUGGUGGUGACCAGCUUUGUGUGCAUCUUCCUCACUUUCUGUGAGAUUUUCUACCUGGUUGGGAAGAGGUUCUGGGAGUGUUGCGGAGGAGGCCAGCAAUCAGCUAGACCAAACUCCUUCAUGAUGGUCAGAACUCCUCUGACGGGACGUGAGAACUCGGCGUACAAAGAGCCUGCCCUGGAGAAGCCAAAGAUGAUGGAGAAGGGCAAUGGAGAAGUUGGCAAAGAGAGUUCAUCUCCACCGUACAGCAUCGCAGUGUCCUGA